AGAAGGAAAGCGGAGAAAGCAGCUGGCCCUCCCUCCCCCGUUCACCCGCAAUGUUCUUCUGCCCCUUUUGCUCCACCCUCCUUCUCGUGGAGACGCUGCCGGACGGCAAUGCUCUUCGGUGCUCCACCUGCCGCUACGUCCACAGCGUGGCUAGCACGCAGGGCAUCGUCGACACCAACGCCCUCGGCGAGCCCGUCUUGACCAUCCACCACUCGUUUGUGGAUCAGAAUAAGAAGCUGAUGGAUGCGGAGGACGAGGCAGGUGGCACGGCUGCUGCCGCUGCAGUCGGUGCCGCCUCCGCAUCCCCCACAGUCGUCACCGUUGCUGCCACUGCGGAUGAAUGGGUAGGUGACGGCUCGGCGGAGGGCGGUCAAAUUAUGACGAUUCCCUGCCAAAACGAGGAGACGCCGUGCGACAGCACGAAGGCGUACUACAUUCAGUUGCAGAUGCGCUCCGCUGAUGAGCCGGCGACGGUGUUCUUCAAGUGCGUCAAGUGUGGCCACCAGUGGCGACAGGACUGA